AUGAAUUUCACAUGUAAAAAUGUUCUCUUCACUAUAACCCUUGUCUCAUUCCUUUUAAUUGGCAAUGCCACUGCUGAGUCUCACGAUAUACAUGUCGUACAUCACGAUCUAAAACCUGAUCUCUUGAAUUUCUGCAAAAAAACCUCCAACCCUACCCUUUGUGAACAAACCGUUCAACCACACUUCCUCAAGAGUGUUCUUGAUCCCAUUGUGGCUCUUGGUUUCGAAGUUGAUGCCACCCUUGUCCAAGCCCAAAAAGCUCUUGUUGUCAUUGGGGAGUUACUUAAAAAACCAGGCAUCUCAAAAUCAUUCAAGGAUUCUCUUGACAUAUGCAACGAUCAAUACGGCAUGAUAUUGGAUUCUAUAAAACUAACCAAAGAAGCAAUCACUAAGCGCUGGUUCCAUGAAGCCAGAUCUCAGUUCAGUGCUGUUAUAUCAUACCAUUCAGCCUGCAAGGAUUCAUUUGAAGGGAUAGAGAAAGAAUACUCCUUACUCGCUCAUGAUUCUGAUGCUUUGUUUCAGUUGGGAGGAAACUGCUUGGACACCAUUGCUGACUUAGAAAAUUCUGAAGCUCCUAAAAAUGAAGUACCAAUGACACCAUCACCUCCUUCUUUAUUCAGCAACGUAAUUGGAACCCUACCAUAA